AUGGCGUUGGCAGAGAAAGUGAUCGUGAUGGACAACGGCUGCAUGUGCUGCACCGUGCGAGGAGACCUGCAGCAGGGCCUGGAGCAGAUACAGGCCGAGGUGAAGAAAGGGAACAGGAUCGACCAGAUCAUCAUCGAGACUACAGGCAUGGCUGACCCAGUACCUAUCGUCCGAACUUUCAUGACGAACCCGGCAAUUACGAAAAACAUGCGCCUAGACGGUGUCAUCACUGUCGCGGAUGCAAAGCACAUCACCGCCCGCUUGGAUGACAAGGUCGAGGAGGGUAAAGUCAACGAGGCGUACCAGCAGGUCGCGUUCUGCGACAAGCUGCUGCUGAAUAAGUUGGACCUCGUCACUGCCGAGAUGGCCAUGGACGUGAAGGACACCCGACCGCCUUCGGUCGAUUAA